AUGCAGCUCUCAGUCGUCACUCUUCUUGCCCUCCAGGCUAUCGGCGUUGUCGCGGCCCCUGUCGCAGCGCCUGCUGCUGAUUAUGCCGAUGUAGCCAAGGCCAGCAUUAUCAUCAAGUCAGCUGGCACUUACAAGCGAGAUGAGGAGAAGAGAGGGGCCGACUACGCCGACGUCGCCAAGGCCAACAUCAUCAUCAAGUCUGCCGGUACCUACAAGCGUGGCGAAGAGUACGCCGACCUCGCAAAGGAUUCCAUUGUUAUCAAGUCCGCGGGUACUUACAAGCGGGAUGAAGAGAAGCGAGGGGCCGAGUACGAGCAGCUGGCUAAAGACUCCAUUGUCAUCAAGUCUGCUGGCACUUACUAA